AUGACAUUGAGGGCCAUUAACUUCAAUGAGCUGGCAAACUCGAAGUUUCCCGGCAGGCAGUGGAACGAAGUGCCCAUUGCCGACCAGGUGGAGUUGCUGAGGGAUGCGCUUAAAGCGCGAAUAUACGUCAUAGAUCCCCACUCCACCUACAUGAGACUUUGGGACUUUAUACUCGUCUUCUGUUUGGUUUACACUGCGCUUGUCACACCCUACGAAAUCGCGUUCAUCCCUGACCGCGACAGUAUUCUGCUCGUUAUCAAUCGAAUAGUUGACGUUGUGUUCAUCAAGGACAUGAUCAUGCAGUUUUUCAUGAAAGUGGAGCGCAACACAAGGCAAGGGAAGAUCUGGGUGCGGGAUCGCCGCAAAGUGGCGCUGCUGUACGUGAAGACCUGGUUUCUGAUAGACUUGGCUUCUGUGCUUCCCUACGAUGACUUCACAGACUUGCUGCAAGAGAGCGCUGAUGGUAUACAAAGCGUGAAGAUCCUGAGAACAAUCAGGGUGCUUCGGCUCGUCAAGCUUCUGCGGAUUCUCAAGGCCAGCCGAAUGGUGAAACGCUGGGAGAAUCGCAUAGCGCUGAAGAGUACGAGCCUGUACUUGAUAAAGUUCGCGGUGUUGAUCAUCCUCUCGUGCCACUGGAUGGCUUGUGUCUGGGGUUUCCUGGGCCUGCUUGAGGGAAGCAUGCUGAAAUGUAAAGAAGAGCUGCUACGUGACGGAGAUCCAGAUGGGCUUAUGGCAGCAAACCCUGACGCUUAUUACUUUUUCGAAGAGCGCACAGGCGAUGCCUACAACCCAUCUCAGUGGUUUGGCGACAGCUGGGUGGUGAGGUGGGCAGCUGGUCGUGCGGCGAACUCUCCAAUCAACCCCUGUGACACCGGCAAUGUCUACAUUGCGGCCCUUUACUGGUCUGUGAUGACGAUGACAUCCGUUGGCUAUGGAGAUGUCCUCCCAUACACCCCAGCAGAAUACCUGGUGUGCACCUCCUGCAUGAUGAUCAGCUCCAUUGUCUGGGCCUACAUCAUCGGCGCCGCCUGCGCCGUGAUGUCGAAAAUGGACCCCGAGCUGAGCGAAUUCGAGCGGAGGAUUGAUGAUUUCAAUGCCAUGGCUCACGACCAGGAUCUCCCCGGCCACAUCCGGUGGCGUGGACGCGAGUUCAUUCGAGAGCAGCGAUUUCACAUGCACUACCUGCGAAAUAUCGAUGCUUGGGAAGGGCUCGGAGCUGAUCUGCGGGGCACUGUGGCUCGACAGAUGGCGUCGCACUACAUCAACCACAUUUGGUUCUUUAAAGGAACCAAAGCCCAAUUUCGGGAGGACUGUGCCAAGAACUUCGUGCCCAUGUUCUACGAGCGCCGCGAGGUCAUAGAGAAGCCCUCGCAGCUAAACGUGGUCGAGCGUGGAGCUGUGGGACGUCUUGGGCGAAUUCUGGUGCCUUGGGGCUACUGGGGCGAGGACAUGCUGAUCCGAAUGGCAAUGCUUCGCCAGGACAGCUCCGCCAUGGCUCUCACCUACACCGAAAUUAUGUCCCUCAGCCGCGACUCGCUGUCGCACGUCCUCUUGGACUUCCCGGAGGAACAGAUGCGCUUCCGAAAAGCGGCGACGUUGAUGGCUCUCUUCGCAGUUGCAAAGAUUUACCGAGUGGAGCUCUCCGCAGAUGCAGAGGAACGAGAUCCUCACAACCGCUGGAUCCAUGACGUCUUUGAGACGGCACGCAAGGUUGGACUGGAGGAGCUCACGCCGAUGAAAGCUGCGCAGAUCAUGCACAAUCU